UUUCUGUUUAGAUGAGCCGCAUUGCCAGCCUGCUGGGUUUCCUGUGUAAAAUGUAGCGAGAGUCUGGACCUAGCUGAGUCACAUCCAAGAUGGCGGCCUUCAGGUUGGCGAAGAUUCCUGGAGCGCUUGUAGCUGGUGCAACUCCUGUCGUGGGUCUAAUGGCCUUCCCAAGGGUACAGGCCUCGGGGACGAAAAUCCAUCCAUCUGAGCUUGACAUCUACGACAAGCCUGUUGUGUACAAUGAGGUGGUCUUGGACGACAAGCGGUCCGCCUUGGAGCUUAAGGUGUCCUCAGGGAGACGGGCACUAUGGGGAUACUGGGAUGAUGUCAAGGUGCUUGUUGAGAAAACGAGGUCUGCAUAUGAAAUAGUUAGCACAAAGUCAGUUGAGUUUGUUGACCUUAUCACCAAUGACCAAGUAUUCCAGAUCAAGUUUGGGUGCAUAUCUUCUGGUGUUUUGGUUGGAGCAUUGCUUGCUGGCCGAGGACGUUGCCCAUUUAGGAGAGUUUUCUACUCUGUCGGCCUGGGUGCAGCAGUGGCAUCUCUGUGCUACCCAUCCAAAGCAACUGAUAUCUCCCUAGAAGGCUAUAGAAAAGCUAAAAUGUUCAUUAGUGACCAGUGGACCAAGUACCAAGAGAACAAACCCAAGAUCACGAAGAACCCAGGAAAAGUAUUAGACAUGACAUCCCAAACUGAAGGAGCCACAGAAGAGAAAUUUGUCAUCGUUGACAAACCUGUUGAAAUGCCUGAAACUAAAUUGGUCAAUGAGGAAGGGACUCCAGUGGAGGCGGUUGAAAUAACUCCCAGUGAAUCUCAAAAUAGCAAGCAAGUCAGCUCUGAGAUGGCAGAGGAGUCAAUUAUGACCAAGGUGCCAUUUGUUGGGUGGUUCUUCAAAAGUAACUCCUCAAAUGCUGACACAAAUGAUGAGAACUCAGUGGUUAUUGAAAGUCAAGAGGAAAAGACCCAAGAGAAAAGUGAUGUUUCUGGUAAAGAUCAGAGAAUGGUUAUUGAACCAGAAGAAGUGAAAAAACCUUUGAAAGUUGAGGGUGAUCCUGGACAGUCUAACCCAGAUGACAAGGAUAUGUAUUCCACUCGUUCAUAGGACAUUUAACUCUAUGCAUAGGAAGCACAAUCACUGACUUGUGAAGGGUGGGACCAUUGCAUUGUUGUUUGGUUCUCAUAUUAUCCCUUUAUGGUAAAAAGUAAAUUUGACAAAGACAAUAAAUUAUCAAUAGGAGCGAUUGUUAUGCAGGGUUAUUAAUGAAUUUUAAUAAAACUUUUAGGAAAAGA